AUGACGCGGGAUGAGCAGUGCGGGGAGGAGCUCGGCUACGACCGGAUGCCCACCCUGGAGCGGGGCAGGCCGGAGGCCGGGAGCUACGCCCCCGACGCCAAGCCCAGCGACCUUCAGCUGACCACGAGGCUGCCCCCGUGCCUCAGCCACAGGACGUGGGUCCUCUCCGUGUUGAUGGGGAGCUGUCUGCUUGUGACUUCAGGGUUUUCGCUCUAUUUGGGAAAUGUGUUUCCCUCGGAAAUGGAUUACUUACGCUGUGCCGCGGGGUCGUGCCUUCCCUCAGCAAUCGUGAGCUUCGCUGUUUCACGGAGAAACAUCAGUGUGAUCCCUAACUUUCAGAUCCUGUUUGUGUCCACGUUCGCCAUCACCACUACCUGCUUGAUCUGGUUUGGGUGCAAACUGGUGGUGAACCCCUCAGCCAUAGACAUAAAUUUUAAUCUGAUUCUGCUCCUUCUGUUGGAGCUUUUCAUGGCGGCCACGGUGAUCAUCUCAGCACGAUCGAGCGAGAUGCUCUGUAAGCAGAAGGGUCCCAUGCUGGAGAGCACCAACAUUCUGUAUGAAGUGGCAUUUCCUGCCCGGGUCCUGAAGUCCUACUCAGUCAUCGAGGUGAUUGCCGGUGUCUCUGCCGUCCUGGGUGGGGUCAUCGCUCUGAACGUGGAUGACGCUGUCUCAGGGCCGCACCUCUCAGUGACGUUCUUUUGGAUCUUAGUGGCCUGUUUUCCGAGUGCCAUUGCCAGUCACGUCACAGCCGAGUGUCCCAGCAAGUGCCUGGUGGAGGUGCUGAUCGCCAUCUGCAGCCUCACGUCCCCGCUGCUGUUCACUGCCUCUGGGUACCUGUCAUUCAGCAUCAUGAGAAUCCUGGAGCUCUUCAAAGAUUACCCGCCGGCCAUCGAGCAGUCCUACGACGUGCUCCCUCUGCUGCUCAUGCUGGAGCUGCUGCUGCAGGCCAGUCUUAACACUGGCACGGUCAUCCAGUGUGUACGCUUCAAGCUGGGCGCGUCCUGGGACGCCACGCAGACCGGCCGGCAGGAGCGCCCGGUGGGGGAGGUGUCCAGAAGCCCCCUGAAGGAGUUCGACAAGGAGAAAGCGUGGAGGGCUGUCGUGGUGCAGAUGGCCCAGUGAGCGUGGGGCAGGGAGACCGAGGCAGAAGCAGGGCCCGGCCUGGCUACCACCGUCCAACCAGGCCAGGCUGCAAGGUGGCGUUUUCAUAGAGUAGUUUAAUUCUGCCUACUACCAGUCUGUCGGUUCCUGGCUCCCGAGGCACCACCUCGCAAGCAGUGGGGCCUGCAGGUGAGGCCGGGCUCGUGCGGAACCAGACCCUCUCGGGCUGAUACGUGGGCUCGGAUGUGCGGACAGCCCCCUUCUGCUCCUCCAGCCCCUGGCCGGCUUCCCUGGCCUGUUCCCGUUGAGCAGACCGCGUACGUGCUGUGCGCAGCCCCACACAGGUCUUACGGGGUUUCUCUCCUGAGAUGCGCCUGGACCAGAGCCCAGCACUGCUUCUGACGAGAGAGCACAGCUGUAUGUUCCUGUCGUGUCCCCGCCGCCGGGGGGCCCCUCGUCCCCAGGGCUGUGGGCACACGGCAGCCCCACACCCACAGCUGUCCCUCUGUGAAGCCCACGUGCCCAGAUGCCUGCCCUCUCUCUGUACCUGACCCGGUCAUUCCGGAAGGACCCUGCCUGCUCCGUGGCGCUGGUGCCUGUCCUGCCCGGUGUGCAGAGACCCACGUCAGCACUGGCCGUCUGCACUUGCACCAGGGGCUUUCUA